AUGACGACCCAUCAUCAUCCACUAGAGUUGAGCCAUCAAGCUCUCAAGCCCCUCAAGAUCAAAGUCAAGAUCAUGGUGACGAUCAUGAUCAUGGCACGGAUCAAGGGGGAGCACAAGGUGAAGAAACUCAAGGAGAAGCACCUCAAGUUGAAAGAGAUGAUGAUGGUAGAUGAUGCACUUGGUGAUCCGGAUUGGGUAAUGGCCAUACAAGAAGAGUUGAACAACUUCACAAGAAAUGAAGUUUGGGAAUUAGUGCCAAGACCCAAGCAAAAUGUCAUUGGAACCAAGUGGGUUUUCCGGAACAAACAAGAUGAAUAUGGGAUUGUGACAAGAAACAAGGCUAGAUUGGUUGCUCAAGGUUUCACUCAAAUUGAAGGCUCGGAUUUUGGUGAAACUGAUGCUCUGAACUCUCAGGAGAUCCGUGAGCAUAGAAGGUAUAUGGACGAGGAGCUUCUGAAAUUUGAGAGGAGGCAGAAAGAGAUCAUGGCCAAGGUUGAUCUUCCAUAUUCUCCAGUUCGUGAGCCUAGGGACUUUCCCACGCCUCCUAGAGUCUAUAACCCAUGGGAUGACUAUGUGCCACAAGAGAAUCCAGAUGAUGAUGUUGAGCUUGACUAUGGGGGUCAAGAGAUGCCUAGCACAGCUGAUGAUGAGGAGGAAGAGGCCGGAGAUGAUGAGGAGACCGAGUCCGACGGUGAUGGAGAUGGCGAUGGCGAUGACGACGAUGACAAGUAG